UCAACCGUUAGUCAGUCGAGGGACAACUGCGGCGCGAUAUCAACUUGUAUCUUUCCUCUUGCGUUUAUUUAAACUAUUCAAAUGUUUCGUGAAAUAACGCUUUUAAUUUUACUAUCGCACAAUGUUUUCGGUUUCAAUAUUCUCGCCAUGGUGUCCUUGCCUUUGCGGAGUCACUACAUGGCCUUCAAACCGUUUUUCCGUGAACUUGCAAACAGAGGGCACAAUGUGACUGUGAUCAAUAACUUCCCUGACGCAGAAAUGAUUCCGAACAUGAAGUUCAUUGACAUCGAAGCUCCGGUCAUAUCGACUCUGCCGACCAUGGAUUACUACGAAACUAUAAGCUCGUCGUUUUUACACCUCAAUGGUUUUAUGCGACAUUUGCCGCGCACGGCUGGGUAUGUUAGGAAGGACUGCGAGACUAUAUUGAAGAAUGAGAAAAUAAAACAACACAUGGAGAGCAAUAAAUACGACGUGAUAUUCGUGGAGUUGUUUGAGAGCGACUGCGGGCUCGCGUUCGUUAUGCAUAUGUCGGAAGCUCCAGUCAUUGGAAUAAAGUCACACGUGCUUCUGCCAACAGCCUAUCCGCAACUCGGCUUACCAUUCAACUUCGCAUCAGACCCUUACUACCGUUCCAAUAUGGGAGCCAAUCCACCUCUACGCCAAAAACUUGAAAACUAUGUUAUAAACCUAUUAGAAUACGCGAGGAUGUGGUAUAUAAACAGAAUGAUCAAUCAAAUGUUUAAAGAACAUUUUCCUUAUAAACGUAUAGAAUUGGUAGAAGGUAGAAAGGAGAGACUCAAAAUGGUGUUCGCUUAUCAACAUUUCUCUGUGACCGGAGCGAGGCUCCUAGCACCCCAGCUCCUAGAAAUUGGUGGAAUACAUGUUGGGAAACCAAAACCUGUACCAAAGGAUAUAGAAACUUUCUUAGCUAAUGCAAAACACGGCGCUAUCUACGUAAGUUUUGGGACGUAUUUGAAACCAUACACAAUGUCAGAGAAGAAAUUGCAGCAAUUUCUCUCGGCGUUCAGACAGAUGCCGUACACAUUUAUUUGGAAGAUAGAUAAUAUCACAAUUCCCGAGGGCUACAAUAACAUACACAUUGGUAGUUGGUGGCCACAGUUGGAUAUUCUAUGUCAUCCCAAGGUCCUAGGUUUUGUAUCCCACGGCGGCAUGCUCAGCAUAUCAGAGGCGGCUCAUUGCGCUAAGCCGAUGAUUACGAUGCCGUUCUUCGGAGACCAAUUUUCAAAUUCUGCUGCAGUCAGAAACGUUGGUAUGGGGAAAACCUUAUAUCUGAGUGACGUCACUGCAGAGAACCUGGUGGAAGCUGUAUACCAUUUGACCUCAAACGAGAUGCAACAAAAUGCACGAAGAGUUUCAAGAAUGUGGCACGAUAGGCCGCAGCCUGUUAUGGACAGCGCCAUCUAUUGGACGGAGUACGUAGCACGACAUGUUCAUGCGCCUCCUUCGUUGCCUUCCAAAUUCAACACGUGGUUUGAGAAUUCGCUACUAGAUGUCUAUGCUAUACUUUUGUUAGUAUUGUUGGCGGUAUUUAUAAUAUUGUAUUUGAUUUUCAAGAUUUGUAAGUUAAUUGUAGUAAUGUUAUUCAAAAUGGUAUUUAGACCGCGUAAAAACAAGAAAGAGUAAUUGAUUUUUUCUGACUGAUAAAUUAUUAAAAUAUUUAAAUUAUGAUAGUUAUUUACUAUAAGUUUGUGAACUUCAUAGCAUAAUUAUUAUGUGUGAUGUGAAAUAUUUUGGAUUAUGACAUACCUAGUGUUUAAAUUCCUAAUUUGUGUGUCUGUCUAUCUGUUUGUCUGUGGCAUCAUGUAUCCUACACGGUUGGACUGAUUUUGAUGCGGUUUUUUGAAGUUGAUGUGAUCGAGAUGGUUCUUAGCAAUAAUGUGGGAUGGUCUAUUCAGGCGUGUCAUGCUCAUCAGCUCUUUUCGUAUUUUCAUUGGUGCAAUUGAUUUGAAAUUUGUUAUACUAUUACUUCGGUGGUAUUUCUAAGACAAGUCAUUAGGUAACCUUAAGCUGACGCUGCAGUAUCAUGUAUUUUGUGGGAUAUCCAACACUCCAUCAUCUUAUAGCUGAUGUAGCAUAUUUGGGCUCAUAAGAAAAGUCUCAAUGAGUAGGUGAAGUAAAAGGUGCUGAUCGAGGCUCAUGGUGGUGAAUACUGUAAUUUAAAAAUAUUGAAAUAAAAAUUUAAGUAACCUCGACACAUAAAACCUCUAAAAAUAAAUAAUCAAUUAUUAUUGUCCUUGAAGUAUAUUAUAAGUAGCUUGUGUUAUUUGAGUUACUUUUAGAGGGUUAUUUUGUGUUGGGGGCUUUUUAAAUUUUAUGAGUUGUGCAAUGUGCAUUCAAUUUGGUCCAUUGUAAUAUCGUCGGGAGUUUUAGACUCCACGGUAACGAUACUUCUGUAAAUUGUAAAUAUUUACACGAUUGGAAGGAAAAAUGUGAUAUUCGGCAUAAUAUAUUUAUAGAACAAAAUCUAUAUUUUAUUAUGUUGUUAUUUAAUUAGUGCUUUAAAAUUGGAAUGCCAGAAGUUGAAACGUAAGAAUGACCGUGUACCAAAAUAUAAUAAUGUUAUUAAAAAUAUUAUUAGUUACGUUAGUGCAAAUUAA